CUCAGGGAGUGAGUCAGUGUGUCGGUUCCUCUGUUGGUACCCUCACAAGUUGAGGACGUCCUUCUUGGUCGACAGGGCGAUGGCAGCCGCCUCGUCGAUGAGGUCGUCGGGCACACCGAGAUCAUUGAGCGUGGCAGCCAGAUUCUCCAUCACUGCAGAACACGCGCACCGCAAUGCAGCCAGUGACACACGGAUGGAUGGAUGCCUGAACAGACAAAUGGCUUCCUACCUACCCGCGUCAAAAUGCGUUUCGUUCAUGCCUUGAGAGACUGGCUUCUUGUGCGCCUCUCGCAUGCUUCUGCCUGGAAAGACACCCAGACAUGAUUGUUGAGUUCUGUUCUGGCCCUCGUCGUUGUGCUCGUUACCGUUGUACUUGUUCGUGCCACCGAACGCGAAGGUCAGAAACCGACCGAAGUGGGCUUUCUGCUUGACCAUGUCCUGACACACACGUAUGCACCAAAAUUCAUGCAGGAGACCAAAGGGAGCCCACACCGUUUCUGCGAAGAAGCGGUUGACCCGCUCGUCCUGUACAGAGCACACACGAACACCCCACACGUACUGCACCCCCACGUGUGGCAGAUGGGGCGUCUGUACCGCCAACAUGCGUUCGUAGAACUUUUCGGUGGCGGUCUUCACCGCAUCAGCGCCCCCGAUUCUCACAAACAGAGACUCCGGAGAUGGAGUGAACUGAGUGUCCACUUGUGCCUGAGCCAUUUGAAGCAGCGGGGAGGGACGGGAG